AUGGCCGACUUACAAUCUCCGACCCCCGUGGCCCACUCGUCUCCGGCACCCUCCUUCAGAUCGAGAUGCCGAGCUCCAUCCAAUGGAAGAUCAAGAUCGAGGCCGUCCUUGCGCGGGCGAGAUUCCUCCCCACCAUCUUCCCCUCCACCUAGCCUCCCAACACCCGCAUUCUCCCCCGAUGUACAAACAGACGAAGAUGAUAUCAUUGAGGAUACCUUAUCACCUUUCGACCCGCGCAGAAUUACGCCUACUCUCCAUGCGUCUCUCGUUUCGGAGAUACUCUCGCUGCGGCGGGAGAUAGAGAACAAAACCAAGUCAAUCGAUGUGCUGGAAGACAGCUUGGCUGAAUCAAGGACGGAAAAUGAAACAUUGACUGCGAAUCUCUCUCAAGCAACCUGGGAAGGGCGCUCGUUGAAACACCAAAUCCAACUACUGGAAGGUGGGACGUCAUCGGCGAUGACCGAGCUAGCACGGGAGCGCGAUGAAGCGGUCGAGAACAUCGGUGAUGUUCGUAAAAAGCUCGAGCAAGCACAGAAGAAAGCUCGAAGUCGGGAAGAGGACCUCGAACGAACCCAAUCACUCUGGAAUCGCGACCAAGAAUCCUGGGCGGAUGAACGCCGAGCCCUGGAACGCAAGGUCCACGUAGUGGAGGGCCGCUUGAAGACUGUUCUGAACGAGGUGGCAGCCGCCCAGGAAGUGGCUAAUAUUCACUCGUCACAGCCAAGUGAGCAUAGUGAUGCUCAUGGCAAGAAUAAAGAAAGCGACUCUGCCAGUGUGGGAUCUAGUAGCCUAGGCCGCCGACGCGUGAGCGUAACCAGCGUGAGCUCGGAAGAGGGUGAAGAGCCGGUCAUAUUCCAUAGCAUGCGGUAUUCGGUUAUGAGCGUUGCGCCUGGUGUCAAGAAUGGUCCAGGUUUAAACCUGGCGGAAGAACUCGAUUUCGAUGAAGAGGACGAGUUUGCUCCAUCUGACGAUGAACUUCCGAUAUCUCCGGAAGCGCUCCCCGAAGAACGUCCAAUGUCGGUUCACUCACAGGGGUCGCAUAGUAUAUCUUCCAAGGCUAGGAAGAUCCUAGGCCUGUCCCUUCAGAGCUCGGACUCAUACUCGCCCACUGCCAUGGAGUUCCGUGCCCGGGAACUCGGAUUUGCUAGUUCAGUGAAACUUGACUCUGUGGUCGAUUUCCGCGAUAUCGGCAUCCAAUACUCACCUCCUCCAUCGCCUACAAUAGAAGUGAAGGUUGUAGACAUUGUCCCCGUGUCCACGAGGAUAAUUUCAGAGCCCAAGAAAGAAGACGACAAAAACGGAAACAUACCUAGGACGAAGAACAGCGCCACGCUCCCUGUUGCACCUCUGAUGGUUUCUACUUCUUGCCAAACAGUGGAGGAACUCCCAAGUCCUUCAUGGAAACCAAAUGUGGCUGAGCCGCCUCAGCCUGUUGAAUGCACCCCACAGCCGGCACAAAUGACAUCGACAUCCACCCAGACUGAUGUCAUUCCAGAGACAGAUGUUCAAAAUGAGGAUUGCAUCACCUCUUCGCUGAAUAAUGUCCCAAUCAAGAUGGACAUCCCCAUGAUUGCUAUCCAUCCACCAGGCUCAGAGCCAACCUCACCUCGGAAUAGCGUCGUUCUUCCACCGCAAACCAAGAAUAUCGCUUGUCAGACUAACUUCCGGACGAUCGUUGAUUGUCGAUCCGUCGCCAUCCAAACCGAGGAGAUUCGUAUUGAUCAACGCCCUGUCAAACUACCUGCCAGUCUUCUUCCUUCGGCUAUUCAAGAUGCCCUACCGCGCCUUGGGCCUCAAGAGCCUACCCUCGAGUCUUACACUGUGCCUCCACUUCCUCCACGGUCCGAAAAGCGCCAGAGACGUCUGAUAACAGAUCACCCAACAGAUCGUCCCGUGAAGCCUCCAAGAGCACCCGGCCCGGAUCAUGUGCAAGCCUACCCCGGUAACAACGAUAAUGGUCCGCUCUCAGACGAUGCUUUGUCCAAUAUUCGACGACCUCUGCGGUCUAGCAGUCUCUUCGCCGGCUUUGAACAUAACAGCGACGAUGAAGGCCCCCAUAGCGAACGUGAUGUCUUCACCGACGAUGAGCUCCUCAACCGCCCAUUUGCUGCAUACACUGUCAGCCGUGGCAAGCUUAUCACUACGAGCUCAAGACCCAGUCUGGACGACGUGGCUCUUCCCGAAGUUGCCGAGCAGCUUUCCUCCCCCGAGUCAAGACCACCCGACAUUGGCCGUUCUCGGGCCUUCCAACGUUCUGGCACGGCCUCGAGUAUUCGCCAGCCCGGCAUGCGCAAACUGGCCAUGAUUUCCAGCGGAACCGCUGCACAUCAGAAGCCCCGUGCCCGCAGUCCCAGCGAACCAAGCCUCGAGAGCGGCAGUGCAGGCUCAAGUAUUGCACCUCCAUUCCCCGUGCCCAUACGUCUCAGCUCGCGCAAACUUCCGCUUAACAGCAGCGAUGGACCUCCGAGUCCUACUCGCUCAGCCGGUAGACAGUUCUCAGACCGCGGUCGGCAAUCCGUCGUCCGGCGCCCAACCCUCCGCCGAGUGCGAUCUGCUGCAGCAACAUCACAAUCGGAACUUACCGAGGGGCCAGAAACUCGUUCUUCCCCAUCACGAUCAAUCUCGACCUUUUCCCCAGAAAGCCCUACAUACCGACCGUACCGGCCACCGCCGAUGCCUUCUGAUGAGAUCACAGCACCUCGUGAGCGGUACGGGACCCCGAAACGCGCCUCGCAUCGUGCAACUCCGUCUCAAACUUGGAACCAUGAACAGCGUGAAAGAAAGGAUUCUACCGGCGGCGUGCAGCCGACUAGUGUCGUUGAUGCUAUUGCUCAGACGAUGGUUGGCGAAUGGAUGUAUAAGUACGUCCGUCGACGCAAGUCAUUCGGGAUGGGCGAGUCCAAGGAGAUUUGGGAGGGCAAGAACCCCGAUGAUGUAUCGGCCAAUAUCACUAACAGUGGUGUGCGACAUAAGCGAUGGGUUUGGCUUGCCCCUUACGAAGGCUCCAUUAUGUGGAGUAGUAAGCAACCUACCAGUGGGCCUGCAUUGCUCGGCAAGAGCGGCCGGAAGUUCACCAUUCAAUCCGUUCUGGACGUCAAAGAUGACAACCCCUUACCCAAAGGCGCCGGCCCUUCGACCCCAUUCAAUCGCUCUAUCCUGGUGCUGACACCACAGCGUGCUCUGAAAUUCACAGCGCUAACCGUCGAACGCCACUACGUCUGGCUCACGGCCCUCUCCUUCCUCAGCCAUUCCUCAAUGGGCCUCCAAGAACUCGCAGCCCUACCUCCAGUUCCCCAAGAAGAAUCCCCAGCCCCUCACGCCUUCCACCGUCGAAACCCAAUCCGCGACUCCAUUCGCGUCGCAAAAGGUCGUCCUCGCCCAAUGCCAAAGGGGAAGCGCUCCUUCAACAGCACCGGAGCUCCAGCCCCAGUCCCAGAAAUACCCAACGGCAGCAUUGAUCUAGCAGCCGACGCACCACAUGUGCCCCGUUUCUCAACCCACACCCGCAAGCGCAGCAACACUGCACCUCGCCCGCCAGCCCUUCACACUCUCCGCAGCUUCUCCAGCGCUGGCACAAUGCCUUCUUCGCACAGCGGCACCACGGCCGGUUCCUCAGAGCACCACUUUCCCGCCAUGCAGCCUCCAGCCCCACUCCCAGGCAUUGGAAGCCGCCGCAGCAGUAUCAGUCGACGCACUUCCGAGGCAAGUGGCCGUGCUCCCAGUGUGGGCAGUAACAUGUUCGAUAUAGGCACUGUGCGUAUGGAGGCUUUCAUCGAUCACCACGCAGAACAAAUCAAUCGUCCCCGUGCGCCUCCGCGCCAGCACCAUACCCGCAAGACUUCCAGUCAGUGGAGUGAGAGGCGUUAUGAGUUUGACACGCCUUCAGUUCAGGGUAGCGAGUUCUCAUAUCGUCCUGAGGAUCUGUGGCGGGGAUUUUAA